GGCAACACUUAAAUCGUUUGCCUUUCAUUUGAAAUUUACAAUACUUGAAGACGGACACCAAGUUUAACAAUAUGUUUAGACAAACGCUUUGGUGCAUAUUAAUAGUUAGUUUCUCAAAGCAUAUUAGCUGUCAGAAUAACCAUGUGUUUGGGGACUUUUUGAAAGAGAUAAAUUACGCACAUGGCGUUCGCAAGUCAGUUGAUAGGUAUUCAAAAGAACUGAAUAGUUUUCAAAAUGCUAUGAAAGGGACUACCGAUAUGGCUGCAGAACCUUCCAAAACAACGGAUGACACCAUCCAGCAAGCUGUAUUCCUAUUGGGUAAAAGUCUGGCAGCACCCGAAUUCAACGUUAGCGAAGAAUGUACCAAUAGCACCAAUCUUGUUUUACAAGAAUUAACCGCAGGUCAGACGUGGGCAGUACGAAUGGUCGAUGCCGCCGGAAAGCCUCCUAGCGGUCUGUUCGACCUUCACACUACAUGGCUUGGGGAUUGGGAGGAAUGUCUAGCUAUCGAGCCGUUAGUGAACGACACUAGAAAUAACAUCCCAUACAAGCCGUUUGAUACACAGUACUGCACGGCUACAUUUCCGGUUGGAUCAAAAGACUCCGCCGCCUCAAUUUUGACAGGCGGAAAUACUAUUAAUAUAUUUGUCGGUGUGUGUGUCCCCCUGACGUGUUCCAACUGGUCUACUGCCAUUUUGAUACAUAAUGCACUUCAAGCCAUUCCUUCGAAUAUAACCAAAGAUAUUGUUGGGCCUUAUGUGACAUGCCAGCAAAAUUCUCUUCCAUGGUCAUCGAACGCUAUAGUAGUGCUGGUCAUUUGCGGUCUGUUUGCCUUCGUCAUGCUAGCUGCAACUGCGUAUGACGUCUUGAUCCAGCACGUGCUAAGUGUACAACCAAAAGGAUACUCCUCUUUGCCUUCAAACAAUUACGACGACUACAAAAACCACUCAAAAAUGAACGGUAACACCGGAAAUGGAUAUGUGCCCAAUGGCAGCGUUCCUAAUGGUCACGUGGUAGACGAAACAACGCCCAUUCUAGAAGGCUCUGUUGGAAGAGUUUCACACUCAGGGAGAGAUAUGAAGAAGCUAGAACACGGAGAUCAUGUUAUGACAAAAUAUCAGCCAGGCAUGGCUGGGCGCCUCCUUUUAUCUUUCUCGGUCUAUACGAAUGCGCAGAAGAUAUUAAGCACCAGCCAACCUGCAAAGACUUUGACCAGCAUCAACGGCAUCAGAUUCAUAAGCAUGCUGUGGGUUGUCUUGGGGCAUACGUACGCUUUUGGGUUACAAAUUAUAGAUAAUGGAGCAACCUUUCUACCGGCAGCGUUAAAACGAUUCUCCUUUCAAGCAAUUAGCAAUGCUACCUUUGCCGUUGAUACUUUCUUCGUUUUGAGCGGUCUCCUGGUUGCUUAUCUUACGCUGAGGGAAAUGAAGAAAUGUGGAGGUGCUAAGAAAUUCAACUGGGGAAUGUUCUACUUUCAUCGAUUCUGGAGGUUGACACCCCCAUACAUGUUGUUUCUUAUGUUCUACAUUCCUUUGGUCAAACACUGGGGAAAUGGUCCAAUCUGGCCCCAGCAGGGGAUUGAGAUCAACGAUUGUAAAGACACGUGGUGGACAAACCUAUUGUAUGUCAACAAUCUCGUUCGAACAGAUAAGAUGUGCAUGGGUUGGUCAUGGUACCUUGCGAACGAUAUGCAGUUCUACGUUAUAAGUCCGCUAAUGCUUAUAUUACUUUACACUUCGCGACUUUGGGGAGCUAUUUGUUGCGGCGCCUUUGUACUUCUAAACUUUAUCGUUGCCGGUGUUCUAUCAAAGGUUAACCAUCUUCCGUCAAACUUCGUUCUUGGGGACAAUGGAGGAGAUGAUUUCAACCUUCUGUAUAUCAAGCCCUGGUGCAGGGUAGGGCCUUACGCUGUGGGCAUAUUCACCGGAUAUGUUCUUUACCGUACUGAAUGCAAAGUUAGGAUUCCUAAGGUCUGGAAUUUGCUUGGAUGGGCCAUAGCCACAGCAGUUGCUCUUGCUAUACUUUAUGGACUGUGGACGCCUGACCUGACACCGAAACUCGGAGAGGACAUGUCAGCACUUUACAAUGCGACAGCGAGAACGGCCUGGGGUGCCUGUAUUGCAUGGGUUAUAUUCUCUUGUGCAACGGGGCAUGGCGGUCCAGUGAACGCCCUCCUGUCCUGGAAGGCCAUUAUACCAUUGAGUCGGUUGACCUACUGUUGUUACCUUGUACAUCCGGUGGUCAUGUACACGUACUAUUACAGUCGACGGACUCUUAUGCAUUGGUAUGAUUUGGAUCUGAGUUACUUGUUCCUGGGAAACCUUUGCCUCUCAUAUGCAGUUGCCUUUGUCGUCUCACUUGCCUUUGAGUCACCGAUGAUGGGGUUGGAAAAAGUAGUGCUUGGACGAGGAAAGAACAGCUAGAUCCGCCAGUCCCAUUUUUGUUCUUGAUAUUUGUAAUGUGCAAUAGUAAAGUGACUUGAUAUUUAUAACGAUGAA